GCAAGACAUGAGAAUUAUCCGCUACUAGUUUGCACCUUAAAAGUCGGACUGUUCUAAAGCAGAAAUCUGUGCCGCGUCGUGCUACUUUCAGUAUGGAACAUGCGUCAAAUAACGUUGAUCUGUUUCAAACAGUGCUGGCGUUGUCACGAGAGAAGCAAAUCGAGGAGCAACUACAACCGUGGAUGUGCGUUUUUUUUCGUUUUCGCAGCGAAGAUGGAACUAGACAAACACGUGGUAUGACUGUUUGUUCUCCUGUCGCUAGGGUUUCAACUUUAACUUCCCUCUUAGUGGCCGUAUUAAUUUACUUAUCUCACAAGAAAGGCGACGCGCCCGCACGCAGCGUCAUUAAAGGCGACAUGGCGAGCAGUGAUUCGUGUUAGUUUUCCGGAUUUUCGUACGUUCUCAUUGUUCUUCUUCAAUAAACAGAUACUCGGCCCUCUGUUUCGAGUAUAUUGAUUAAGUCACGAUGAGUGGCGCAGCCCCAGAAAUCGAUUUGGAGGAGCUCGUACGAAUUCGGGACCAGUAUCGCGCGCUACUAGCUCAUAUGCGUUGCAAAUAUGUCUGGGUCCAGAAGCACGACGAAAAAAAAUAUUUGCAUUUGGAUUGUACACUUAGAAUGACUCUGCGUCUGUGCUUCAGUCGCAAAAUCAGCAUCGUGCUCCAGUGCUUAUCUUUGUCCAACGCAGUGUGUCAUGCGGUGCACUGGCCAUCCCCGUCUUAUUCUUAAGUACAUCCUAAACUUGCCCGCGUACGAUGGCGUAUUUCCAUUUUCUAUGAUUCACAACGCAAUACUAACAUAACUCUCCUCCACAACUUCCAGGCGACCUAAACAUAGUUGCAUGGGAUAGCUCAGGCUCGGGAAAGGGUAGGUUCGACCGAGGCGGAAGUUUCGACGCUUUCGGAUCAGGCACUAGAAGGUGGCGCAACGCGUGGCGCAGUAGGAAGAGCAACGCAAUCUCUACCACAGCCGAGCGCCGCUCCCGCGCAGGAAAUAUGUACCAGACCACCGGCUACGAACUCAGGACGAUCUGCUGCCAGCAUCAGUGGUGAGCGCUUCUUCGAUGAAAGUUCCCUACAUCAACACGCUGCGGCUGCUGCGGACAGUACUCGCAGAUACGACCAUACUAGUUCGGCGGGUGCUGAUAUUGUCAAUAUCGGCGGUAGCGGUUUCGCCGAGCAUCUUGAUAGAUCGAAUCAUGGAGGAGCCGGUUCUACUUCCGAAGCUUCUAGUGUGGCCUCGUCCAGUAGAAGUGGGAGGCGAGCGGGUCGUCGAAAGACCAUGCUGGAGGAGCUCGUCGAGUAUGCCGAAUCAUCCGCCUGCGGUAAGGACGAGCGUGCGAACUCGACUUGUUCCUGGGCUGAACCCAAUGUUGCCGCCCAGAACUCGACCUGGGAAACUGGAGCAUCUGUCCUGCUGCAGGGGCCGUUUCUGUUUAGUGGCGACCGCGCGGACGAUACGAGAAGUGCAGGGGCGUCUUCGUCGAGGGCUGACCAAGUUGCGGUGACAGGCAGGGGCGGUCGCACUCCGUCCGGUAGUGCGAACCCCCGGUGGCAGGGCACGGAAUCGUACCCCGUGGAGGUGACGCCUGACUUACCGCUCUCCACGCAAAGGAUGAACAUCCUGGAGAAGCUCGCCCGCGAUAAAGUAAGCGUGAAAGCGCACGCGUUGCGCGAUCCAGCGUCGAAAUCUAGCAACGCCGCCCCGAGCAAGUCUUCUUCCUCCGCAGGCAGCGUCAUCGGGAGCCGGCGAUCGGGUGCGACGCAACCGCCCGCAUACUAUGGGGGCGCGGUGGCGAUGGGCGGUCGGACGCAAAAAAGUGCCAGUUCUAGUACUCUUGCGGAACAACCGCGGCCACUAACGGAUCCAGACUAUUCUUGCAUCUCCUCGAGCAUCGUGACCAACACAGUCGGCGGCGGUGCAGCAAGCUUGGAGAGGAUGGCCAAGAACCGAGAGGAUGCUUCCUAUACCACCGAACUACAGAGCCAGGACCACAAUUUUGUCGCACAUGCGUCCUCACGGGAAGAACACGAUUGGCCGCCGGGGGCCGAUCGGUCUUACGAGAACGAUCACUUGCUCGCGAGCAACUUUAACGUAAACGAAGUGACAGGCGAGGUGCUGGUUCCGCCGGACCUGCGCGACAAAUUUAAUGAUGCCUGUCGGGAGCUUGCCCUUCGUACCAUAACAAAGGUGUUCGAGUACGAAAAGAACACUGUUUUUCGUGUUGUAAAAUAAAGGGGCGAAAUGUGAGCAUAUUAAGAUUAUUUAUUCUUGUAACUUGUAGUACCUCCGUCUCCGUGGGAGGAGUGUCGUCGAUCCUGCGGAUGAAAAGAACCAAGGCGAUGACGUGAGGAAAAGGACUUAAGAAAGCAUUUGAUGAGGUUCAUCAACCGUAUUGAUUGAUUUUUUAUGUGAUGCAGGAGCGCAAGCGCUCACAUGCUCGUGCUCACUGGGUUAUACCCAUACACAUCAGGAAGAGUGUCGAAGUGCAUGACGGCAGGUCUGGCCUUCGUGCGACUGAUGUUUUCACGGGCAGUUUUUCUCCCUAAAAUGCUACAAAGUACAACACAAGCUUUGUUCCGAUACUGAACAAAAAUAUUUCACGGCGCUUAAGAAUCGCACCACUCGCUUGCACGUGGAAAGACGUAAAAAGGAGCAGCCGGCAGAGGCACUGAAGGCGGGUACGGAAUUUAUCAAAAAAAACAUGUGCUGCUUCUUUCAUGAGGUCAGAAAAAAUCGAUUCGUUUUAUGGUACGCUGACGCAACUUCAAGGUUGCGAAGGAGCUAUAAUUCAUGGAGUCUACUAGUCUUAGUCAGCAGGAAUUUGAUUCACUCUCGCACCAGGCAUUGCGGCCCUGGCUAGGUUUUUCGCGAACCGGGUGAGCGGAAUAACUGAAGCCUCUUGUCUCCGCGAAUUGGCGGCGUUGCGUGCGGAUGCUCAGUCCCACUGCAAGAGGACGGACCGUCUCAAGCUCUGGCCCUCCGUCCUCCUGUCGCUUGCACAGUGGCGGCGAGGCUGGAUCCGAAAGUUCCUCACCGCGGCAUUCUGGAAGAUAAAAAUUCAUGCGACGCAGACAGCCCUCCUUAGUCGGAAACGCGCGGAAGCCCCCGAGGACACGAAAGGCCACGAAGGUAUGGAAUUAGUUGAGACAAUGCUUCUCUGUGCAUGAUGCAGAGCCGAGUACUGAAAUUUUUGAACGUGGGAACUGUUUUUUAUCAGAAGUUUUUCAUUGCUCUCGCGACAAGUACGCAUCUUUGCAUGCCAGAAAGGCCACGCCAAGUUGAUAUGUGCAGCUGCUAGAGUUUUUGUUAGAGUGGAACUUUUUUUGAUGCACUCUAAUUCGUGUACCGCUACCGCUCAGGCAUAUUUGAUAAAAGCAUUGGUCUUGUCAUGCUGACAGAUGCGUGUCCAACCAAAAGAAGAUUUGGAUCUUACAUUACAACUUUCCACAUGGAUGGAAUGCCCGGGCGAGAUGUCGUUUUAUGAAUUGCAUGACCCUACUGGUUCUGGCGCACUUGCAUGUAGAUUACAGGUUCUUUGCAACUCGAUUUGUUACUAUACAGGCGGGCAACUAUCGCCGUCGUCGCACCCUGACAGUGUCUACUUCCCGCCGCGAACGAAUCUUCUGGCUUCCGCGAAUUUCAAAGCGAGUGUGUCGAAAGACGGUGCGGUCUCGUCGUUUCACUAUCAAUUGUGAUACCUACAUAUUACAAGGACUCACACACCAUUCCAGGUUCUUGUCAUGUGUUAAAAGAGGGAACAAUCAGUGCACUUCCGCGCAAAUAGACUUUGAUAUGACCCGGCACACAUCCGAAGCUUGCUAUUUGGAUGUACCUGCUGAAAGCAGCAUUUGUUCCGGGGGCCACGCUUUCAUUGCUUUUUGGCAAGCUCGAGUGAAAUCACCACUCGUGAAGAUGUUCGCUGC